AUGACAAGCAGCAAAGACUUUUCUGCGGAAGCUGAGACAAUUUAUACGGAUAACUUAUCCGGAAGUGAUGCUGAGUUUGAGAACCUGGAUGAGGAAAGUGAAGUUUCAAGUGAUGACAGUGAAUGUAUUUCUCUCAGGAAAAAAAAUGCGCGUAGAUUACCUUCUUCAGAGCGUGAAUUUGAUGAUAAUGAUUUAAAUAAGAUGGGCACCUCAAGACAAAUAAAAAUGAGUAAAACCGUCGAUUCUGUUAUAUUUCUAGCGAAAUAUAUAAAUCAACUAGAAACUAUCAUUGAGACAUGUUCCGUACAGCCUCUGGUGAAGAAAGUUGUUAAAAAACUUGUUAUUGCUGAAGUAAAAGAAGAUGAAGAGAAAGUAGAUGAGAAAACUGAUGAUAAAAAAGGUGAUGAAACAGUUGAAGAAGAAGAAACUAUUCCAGUUAUUAAUAAAGAAUUGGCGUCACUAAAAGUGUAUCAAGAAACUGAAGAUAUUUAUGAGCCACAAAUGUGUAUUUGGGAUUUUAUGGGAAAAGAAGAUUUAGAACAGUUUUUGUCGAUUAAUAAUAGAGGAAAAUUAAGGGAAAUAUUAGAGCAAAGAUUAGGAAAAUCUCCAACUGGUUUUAGUAAACUAAUAGCAGUGGAAUUUCUUUUGGAUGCAACAAAUUUUUGUCGUAGAUCAACAUUUAAUACUGAACAAUGUGGAAGUAUCAUAUCAAUGUUGUAUUGGACUCAUAAAUUUUUUACAAGCAAUUUAUUUGUUUGUCCUGAAGACGUUUUUAAUUACUUUAGACAAUUCUUAGUGUUCCACGUCUUAUUUUUUCCUCCAACACAUUUGAAUCUCUUUACCCCCGAAGAAGGAGAAGUAGUGUUAAAAUUUUUCUUUCGCCUUUAUCUUCGUCAUUUACCCUUAGUAAGAAUGUUAACUUUACCGAAUUUUGGUUUUGAAUUGGAAUAUGUUCUUGAACCUGAUAUGAAACCGGAUAAAGGAAAAGGGAAAGGUAAAGGGAAAGGAAAAGAUAAGAAAGGUGGCAAAAAGAAGAAAUAAUUAAGUAAAA